AUGCAGGUCCAUGCCACGCUACUCACUAGUGGAAUAAACAUGAACAUCUUUUCUCUUAAUUCAAAGCUUGUUGGAAUGUAUGCUAGUUGUGCUGACAUUAAAUCAGCAAGGCUUUUGAUUCAAAAUAUUCAACACCCCAAUGUUUUUGCAUUUAAUUGGAUGGUUUUGAGGUUGGCAUAUGAUGGUUACUUUGAUGAUGCAUUGUUGUACUUUCGUUGGAUGCGUGAGGUUGGGCACAUGGGCAACAAUUUCACUUUUUCCAUUGUUCUCAAGGCGUGUGUUGGCUUGAUGGACGUGAAAAUGGGGAGGCAGGUUCAUGCCAUUGUUUGUGAAAUGGGUUUUCAAAAUGAUGUCUCCAUUGCCAAUGCUCUUAUAGAUAUGUAUGGUAAAUGUGGGGGCAUGUCUUAUGCUCGUCGGGUGUUUGAUGGAAUGCGUGAGAGAGAUGUUGCCUCGUGGACUUCGAUGAUUUGUGGGUUUUGUAACGUGGGGGAGAUUGAGCAGGCGCUGGUGUUGUUUGAGAGGAUGAAGUUGGAAGGGUUGGAGCCGAAUGAUUUCACAUGGAAUGUGAUUCUUGCUGCUUAUGCUCGUUCAAGUGAUAGCAGCAAAGCUUUUGCUUUCUUUGAGAGGAUGAAAAGGGAAGGUUUUACUCUUGAUGUGGUUUCAUGGAAUGCGUUGAUUUCUGGAUUUGUACAAAAUCAUCAAGUCAGGGAAGCGUUUGAAAUAUUUCAGGAGAUGAUGCUUUCAGGGAUUCAGCCCAAUCAAGUGACUGUUGUGGCACUGCUUCCUGCAUGUGGAUCAGCAGGUUAUAUCAAAUGGGGAAGAGAAAUUCAUGGAUUUAUAUACCGGAAGGGGUUUGAUGCGAAUGUUUACAUUGCUAGUGCUCUUAUUGACAUGUAUUCGAAGUGUGGGAGUGUGAAAGAUGCUCAGAAUGUUUUUGACAAGAUCCCAUGUAAGAAUGUUGCAUCAUGGAACGCAAUGAUUGAUUGCUAUGGUAAGUGUGGCAUGGUUGAUUCCUCCUUGGCACUGUUUAAAAAAAUGAAGGAAGAAGGACUGCAGCCGAAUGAAGUUACUUUUACAUGUAUUCUUUCAGCAUGCAGCCAUAGUGGUUCAGUGCAGGAAGGUUUAGAGAUUUUCUCUUCAAUGAAAGAGUGUUAUGGGAUUGAGGUAAGCAUGCAGCAUUAUGCUGGUGUUGUUGAUCUCUUGUGCCGUUCAGGAAGGGCGGUUGAAGCAUAUAAAUUUUUCAAAGCCUUGCCAAUACAAGUCACAGAGUCAAUGGUUGGAGCUUUUCUAAAUGGGUGCAAAGUCCAUGGAAGAAGAGAUCUAGCUAAAAUGAUGGAAGAGGAAAUAAUGAGAAUUAAGUUAAAAGAACCUGCUAGCUUUGUUGCAUUAUCAAAUAUUUAUGCUGCUGAUGGUGACUGGGAAGAGGUUGGGAAUGUAAGGAAUGUGAUGAAAGAAAGAAAUGUCCACAAGCAGCCUGGUUUUAGUUGGCUUGAAAAGCAAUGCAAGAUUCCUGAAGGGGAGAAAGAGGAAGAAGGGGACAAAAUGGCCAGUGGAUUGGAUACGGGACAUUAUAUAGUAUGA